GCCUGAUGAAGCAUUUGUGUCAAAUGCGAAACGUUGUGUAUCCUCAUAAAUACAUUAACCGGUCGUUUACCAAGUUUUCUGAAAUGAUGUCUUCCCGAUCGGUUCCAAAUAUGUUCCAAGAUAUUGAGUACAUUUACGGACCUCGUGUUCGCAAAAUGGCGAGUGAAUUUGUGCGCCUAGCAGGCAUCGAAGCCAAUUGGGAAAAUCAUCGGAUUUUUAACAUCAGGUGUCUCAAGAACAACAUUAUCCCCAAAUCCCUCAAAGUUAAACCUCCGGAUUCCUCGUACACCUCGGCACGAAUAGCACUCAGAGCAGGCAAAGCUUUUCUGAGACAAAGAAUCUACCUAACAACUAGACGUCUUGGUGAAAUCCGCAUCCAUGCGAGCCAGCUGCGCUUGGAUUUACAGACUGCGGUGGCACGGACUGAUUAUGACAGACUUUGUGAUAAGGCCUCCGAAGUUAAGGCAGCAAGAGGACGGGAGUCGAAGGAAAGGCAAAUACGUAAGUUUGAAUACUUGAUGACUUCACAUAAUAAGGUCGAUAGUCGUACUGAUAAGCAAGUAUCUAAUAGCAACUGUUGUAGCGUUGUUAACAUGUCAGAUAGAGUGUUAAGUGUAAUAGAGCGUAGAGUUUUAGAAAAGGGUCUGAAUUUUACUAUCAGUAAAUCUAAACUAAGGGCAGAAGAUGUAAUUCCUGGAGUUGAACCCGUUAUGACUAGAUUACCACUUGAAAAGGCGGAAAACAUCCGCGCCCAAUUAGCAAAUAUAAUUAGAUUUCAACAGCCGGUAGAAUCGAAUCUUGCUCCAGCUGAACACGCAGCGUUAAAGACCCUGAAAGAGGAUAGCAGUAUUGUCAUUACAAGAGCGGAUAAAGGUAAAGUAACAGUGGUAAUGAAUAAAACAGAUUAUUUAGAUAACAUGAAGGAGCAUUUGACCACGGGACCAUACAAAGAGGUUAAACAGAAAUCCAUUACAUCGGUAAUGAAUAAGAAGAAAUCAGAUGUCGCUAGUUACUUAAGGACCGUGAAGGACAGUUUAGGAAAGGGCAAAUGGUACAGCAUUUAUCCGAAGUCGGCUAUUCCACCUAGAAUUUACGGUCUCCCAAAGAUACACAAGCCCAAGGUCCCCUUGCGACCUAUAGUGGAUGGCAUAGGCUCUCCCACACAUGAACUCGCGAGAUAUCUAGCGAGCCUGCUGCAACCCCUAACAGGGAGAACGAACACAUUUGUAAAAAACUCUUAUGAGUUUGCACAAAUGGUGCGAGGGGUGAGCAUCGAACAAGACGAAUUGAUGGUCAGCUUCGAUGUUACCUCCUUGUUCACGAAUGUACCCAAGGAGGAGGCGUUACGAUUAGCGAAAAACUGCUUGAGAGGGGACAGCAGCUUGGAGGACAGAACAAAGCUGACAGUGGAUCAACUGGUCGAGGGGAUAGCUUUGUGUCUUGACAUGACUCAUUUCACAUUCCAGUCUAGAAUGUACACUCAAGAACAGGGUCUGGCCAUGGGAUCUCCAAUAUCCCCCGUAUUAGCCAAUAUGUACAUGGAAGAGUUUGAAAAGAAAGCAUUACCCAAUUUCCGUGGUGCCCUGAAAGUAUGGUGGCGCUACGUGGAUGACACUUUUGCGAUUAUAAAAAGGGAUAAAAAAGAAGAAUUUUUAAACUAUUUGAACUCUAUUGACAAUGCGAUAAAGUUCACAAUGGAACUUGAGUCGCAGAGCGGUACACUUCCGUUCCUUGAUUGUCUGGUACAUAGGAAGGAAGGAACGUUAAAAACAACGAUGUAUCGCAAACCAAUGGACACAGAUGGGGUACUCAGCUAUAGUUCAAGCCACCCAAAGCACGUGUACGCGGGAAUCGCCUCAUCACUAUUUCACAGAGCAAGUGCUCUGUGCACGGAGGAAGAAGAUAAGAAAGCAGCGCAGAGGGAAGCGAUGAAAAACUUAAUAGCUAGCGGAUAUCCGAAACGAUUAGUGAAACGACAGCUACAGAAAUGUCUCAACCCACGCGCAACUCCAACCGCAGAGUGGAUAGCGACAGUGGGUAUUCCGUAUAAAGAAGGAACCUCGGAAGCGAUUCGGAGAGUACUGAAUAAGGAGAAGAUAAGGGUAGUUUUCCAGAAGGGUCGAACUCUACGGUCCACACUUGUGCACCUGAAGGAUACACUCCCUUUAGAUAGAACAACUAACUGUAUUUACAAAAUUCCAUGUAAAGAUUGUACACAAGUGUAUAUAGGCCAAACAGCGAGGGAAUUACGUACAAGGAUUUCAGAACAUAGGCGACACAUAUCACGACCUCCGCGAAAUGAGCUAGAGUAUGGAGCUCUACUCAGAGAUUCAGCAAUAGCAAUGCAUGCGCUAGACACGGGACAUAAAAUUGACUUCGAAAAUGUGGAGGUAAUCAGGAGGGGAUUACGAUCAGCCAAACAAAGGCUGAUUGCUGAGGCUAUAGAAAUAACCAAGGCUAACAACUGCGUGAAUAGAAUAGACGGAGUAGGGCUGUCCAGUGCCUGGCGUCCAGUCUUACUCCGGCCAGCUUUGUAAGCAUCGGCGGAUGGAUCCCAAGUCGGAAUGAACUAUCGGCCCACCCUCCACCAAACUCCGAAGUACUAAAGCCAAAUUCUAUCGGUGUCCAAGUUCCCUGCAACGGUUCAAUUAAGAUUGUUAACCACAAUGCAAUUAUCCACGGACCGGCAAUUUCUUUCCCCCAUUUGACCCUGACUGAAACAAACUACAGUGUACCCGCGAACAUAUUGACCUUUGACCGCUGUUAUCAUUCAUAGAUGAACUGCAAAUUGAUUCGUCUUUAUAAUUCACUUCGCCUGAUGAAGCAUUUGUGUCAAAUGCGAAACGUUGUGUAUCCUCAUAAAUACAUUAACCGGUCGUUUACCAAGUUUUCU